CAAUUAUUUUUAGAAUUAAUAAUCACUAUGUAUCAGAAAAAAUGCACAGCAUUUAAAACAAAAUCUAUAUUAAAAAUUUAAAUGUGAUAUUUUGAAUCAGCAAAUGAUGUAUCUCGACCCAUAAACCUGUAGUUGGGGAAUACUUGUCAGAUCAGUCAUAUCCCAGGGUAUUUUCUUUUGUGCACUCUGUGAAAACUUUUCAGUGAGGAAUGUGUUGUUCUCUUCCAAUCUUGUCUGAGUUGAAAUGUACCCUUGGUCUACAAAUAGUUCAGAUCUAUCUCCUUGGAGUAUUGAAAUGCUUCCAUGCCAGUUGUGUUUGCCUUAAGAUUAAGUGAACCUAUUAAUCAGGUGAGAGUUAACCAGAAACAAGUGUACGUCACUCAUUGGUUUUAAAUUACUUCUGAUUUUUUUUUUUUUACAUUAUAAAGGAAAGCACUGUGGGGAUAAUUUGCAGCUUUAUUUGUAUGUGUGAUGGUAAGGUAUUUUGACAAGUUUAUUUAAUAUCUUAUAAAACAAACCAAGAUAUAACCUGGAAACUUCAUUUAUGGAAUGCUCUAACAUUACUCUGUUUUCUAUGCAAUACCCUGUUCUGUAUCUGAGCUUGAGUUUUAAAGUUAUCAAAGUACAUGAAAAAGGCAUUUUGAAAUGUUGUUUGAUUUUGCUUUUGACUUAACAGCAUUUAUAAAAAGAUUCUGAAGUUCUCUGAAAUAAUAUUAUCAGCCCUUUUUACAAAUAACUGUUCUCUGAUAGAACUGAUGAUAUUCAAAUGCCGUGUUUGUACAUUAAACAUGUGGAUGACUUAAGUGUUUUGGCUAUGAAGAUAGAAGAUGACAGUAGAUUAUCAUUAUAUCUCUAGCAUAUACUUCGAAUAAUGGUUUUUUAAGGAUGUAUCUAGAUUGUCUAGAUUCAUUGGAACAUCUCUAGUCACAACCUGAAGAGCUAGCCGUAGAUGUUGGCAAAGAUUAUUCCUUUUAAUGGAAUUUCCUGUAGGUCUUUAACCUAUUUUUGUACUCAGGAAGCUGAUUAAGUGUGCUCUGGUUAGUGGAACCCACGCACUAUAAACAUUUAAUGUUUCCAAUGGUAUUAGGAACCUUUUUUUUUUUGUCUGAGUGAAAUCGAUGUUAUUCCAAAGUUAUCUUCAGCUUAAUGUGAACAUAUCUCAGUUAUCUUUUCACUCAUAAAAAGUAACCUCUCCCUUUCAGUCCCAAUGAAAAUAUGUGAUGAUUCAUAAUAUCAUCAGAAUUCAUAAAAUAGUUACCUAGGGUAGGAUAAAAUAGAUUUUUUUUCUAAAUUCUGAAAAUAUAAAUAAAAUAUAUAAAUAACAAGGCAAAAGAAGUAAGGGCAAGGACUUUGUGAACAUUGUUAUUUACUAAGGAAAGGAAGCAUUAUUUCCUUGCAUAAUAUCUGCAACCUCACAUAUGCCACUGAGUGGCACGUGGUCAGUUUGUGACAGUAGUGAAAGGCUAUGGCUGGGAUGGCAGGAAGGUGGCAACUUCCUGGCAGGCAGCUACGUGGAAAAUGCCUGGGGCUAAGGUUUUUCCAGAGGCUGCUCUGAGGCAUGGAAGGGUCCCUUCCUUGUUCUCUGUUAGGAAGGAAAUACAUUUUCUUCUUCUCCCAGGAUUCUUAUUAACAGGUGGGGCAGACCCUACUUAGAAUUUAAGAAAGGGAAAGAAUUACUCUCCACUAUGUUCCUCAUUCAGUAAGUCCCUCCCAUCUCUGCAACUCAGUCCCCAUGAGUUUUUUCAUUUUGUUUCUUCCCUCUUUCUCCUUGGUCAAAGCAUACCCAAGGCCACUUGCCUCUUUGUAAAGGAUAAAUGAUUCACAAAUUCAUACUUGGAAUUAUUUGAAUGAAAUUAUCUCUGAGUUUGAUGCCCAAACAACCUUGUGAGAGAUUUCUCUGAGUAGGUGUCUUCCCAGGACUGUUCAAUACACCCUCUUCACCCAGGCUGCCUACUUAUCAGUUGUUUGGGUGUUUUUGAAUAUCUAAGUGCAGCCUUCAUUCCUACCUCAGUUUUUGGAUCUGUAGAUCUAGGAAAACUCUACUAAACGUUACAGAAGACCAGACCACAGUCUUUCUAAGUAGAGACGAGUUGGCUAGACCCUGUGUAAUGCAAGGGGAGCUUGAUAGCCAUCAGAGAGAGGAGAGAACUCUUCCUCAAUCCACUGAAAGAGAAUUUGGCUGUCCAGUUAGGGAAAAAAUUCUCUUAAGAUAUUAACAUUUUCAAGGUAGAAGAAUGCUUAGUGGGCCUCACAUCCAUGAUUUUUUACUUUGUAGAGUAGCAAACAGAGACCCUAUAAAGGUAAGAAAAUUGUUUUUGUUUUCUUAGAAGCAGUUGCUAGAACCCAGGUCUCUACCCUAGCUGCCUAGAACCUGUGUUCUUACAGAGGAAUUUGGCACAUUGUUUUCUGGAGGUGUUUACUUUCCUAUAUCAAAAGGGGAAAUCAGGUUUACUAUAAAUUCUUUCCAUAUUGUCAUUUUUUUGGUUUCUGUACUUACGGUCUGGAAAAGAUUGUCCAAUAUUCAGUCAGACUGUUAUGGGGACUGGUCUAUCCUUUCUGGACUCCAUUUAUUUAGCUUUCAGCACAACCAGGAGAAGUUGGCUUGAAAGUCCAUAAAAUAUGCAUUGAAUGUUUCUCAUGAUACAGUCAUUUUUUAGAAAUUAUACUUGUAUUUGGCUAGUAAAAAAAGAAAAAAAAUAUUAGGCAGGAAGGUGCCAUAAUGUCUGUGCUUCUAAGUUGCAGCCCGAGGGCAGCAGUGCCUAUUCCCCAGCCUGUUGUACUGGUUUGGUGUGCAUGUUUACUCUCUGUGGUGGAAAAAUCUCUCUGUGCUCAUCAUCGUAAACCAUGCCUGUGAGUGCCUUGAAAUCUUUCUAAAACCCUAAAGAGGACUAACCAGUCUGUGACUCUUCCUUCCCAGCCUAGGGAACUUUAAGCAUUUUCAAUUAGAAGAAAUGAAGGAGCACUGGUUAAACCUAUCAGGAUUCCAGGAGGAAGUCUCUCACUAGUUCUUAGUGAUAGAUGAGACAUUUUGGAGUUGAGAUUUAGAUAUUUAGGUAGCAGGGAAUUUUGGAGGUGAAACUUCCAGAAGCUCUGCUGAAGAGGUCUUAUUAUCUAAGGACGGAAUUGAGCACAUUUGGAGCAAGUAAAGGGGCAGAGAAUGUCAAGGCAUGAAAUCCCAGGUAAAAAGAUGGCCUAUCAGAAGGUCAAUGCAGAUCAAAGAGCUCCAGGACAUUCACAGUACUUAGACAAUGAUGACCUUCAAGCCACUGCCCUUGACUUAGAGUGGGACAUGGAAAAGGAACUGGAGGAGCCUGGUUUUGAUCAGUUCCAGUUAGAUAGUGCUGAGCAUCAGAACGUGGAGAAUUCAGAGACUGCAGAUCUCAAUCUUGAGUCCAUUCAACCAGCAAGUUCACCAAAAGGACGGUUUCAGCGACUUCAAGAAGAGUCUGACUAUGUUACCCAUUAUACAAGAUCUGCACCAAAGAGCAACACCUGCAACUUUUGCCGCCUUUUAAAAAUAUUUUGCACAGCUGUCAUUUUAUUUAUUUUUGGAAUUUUGAUAGGCUAUUAUGCACAUAAAAAUUGCCCUUCAGAUGCUUCAUCUUCAGAAACACUUGAUCUUCAGUUAUACCAAGAGAUUCUCAAGACAAUCCAAGCAGAAGACAUUAAGAAAUCUUUCAGAAAUUUGGUACAACUAUAUCAAAGUGAAGAUGACACAGAGAUUUCAAAGAAGAUUAAAACUCACUGGACUUCUUUGGGCCUAGAAGAUGUACAGUUUGUGAAUUAUUCUGUGCUGCUUAAUCUGCCAGGCCCUUCUGCCAGCUCUGUGACUCUGAGCAGCACUGGCCAAUGCUUUCAUCCUAAUGGCGAGCCUUGCAGUGAAGAAGCCAGAAAACAUAGCGGCCAGGAUCUGUUCUACUCAUAUGCAGCCUAUUCUGCCAAAGGAACUCUCAAGGCUGAAGUUAUUGAUGUGAGUUACGGAGAUGCAGACGAUUUGAAAAGGAUUAAAAAAAUGAAAAACCUAACGAAUCAGAUUGCACUCCUGAAAUUAGGAAAAUUACCACUACUUUAUAAGCUUUCCUUAUUGGAAAAAGCUGGAUUUGGAGGUGUUCUUCUAUAUAUUGAUCCUUGUGAUUUACCAAAGAGUGCAAAUCUUAGUUAUGACACCUUCAUGGUGUCACUGAAUCCAGGAGGAGACCCUUCUACACCUGGUUACCCAAGUAUUGAUGGAAGCUUUAGGCAAAACCGAUCAAACCUCACCUCUCUACUAGUGCAGCCCAUCUCAGCAUCUCUCGUUGCAAAACUGAUCUCUUCGCCAAAAGAUAGAACCAAAAACGGCAUCUGUAGCCACCUAGAACUUCCAAACAAUGAAAAAAGGGUUAUCAACUUGCAAGUUCAGACAAUUACAAAAUUCAAAACAGUUACUAAUGUUGUUGGAUAUUUAAAGGGCUUGAUAUCUCCAGAUCGAUAUAUCAUAGUUGGCAGCCACCAUCAUACUGCAUACAGUUAUAACGGACAAGAAUGGGCCAGUAGCACUGCCGUAAUCACAGCUUUCAUCCGGGCCUUAAUGUUGAGAGUUAAGAGAGGGUGGAGACCAGACCGCACUAUUGUUUUCUGUUCAUGGGGUGGAACAGCUUUUGGCAAUAUUGGCUCAUAUGAAUGGGGAGAGGAUUUCAAGAAGGUUCUGCAGAGAAAUGUUGUGGCUUAUGUUAGUCUCCAUAGUCCCAUAAGGGGAAACUCAAGUCUGUAUUCUGUAGCUUCACCAUCUCUUCAGCAACUGAUAGUACAGAAAAGUAAUUUCAACUGUUCCAGAAGAGCUCGGUGCCCAAAAACCAAUGUCAGUUCUGUACAGAUUCAAGGUGAUGCCAAUUAUUUCAUCAACCAUCUCGGAGUUCCCACCAUUCAGUUUGCUUAUGAGGACAUCAAAGCACUGGAGGGUCCAAGUUUUCUCUCUGAAGCCCUUUUCUCUAUACAUGCAACAAGAAUUGAAGAAAUGGAUCCUUUUUUCAACCUUCAUGAAACCAUUACCAAGCUUUCAGGAGAAGUGAUUUUACGAAUUGCCAAUGAACCAGUUCUGCCCUUUAAUGCUCUGGAUAUAGCUUUAGAAGUUCAAAACAGCCUUAAAGGUGAUCAAGCCAACACACAUCAGCUGUUAGUUCUGGCCUCACACCUUCGGGAGAGUGCUGAACUCUUUCAGUCAGAUGAGAUGCGUCCUGCUAAUGAUCCCAAGGAAAGAGCUCCCAUCCGGGUCCGAAUGUUGAAUGAUAUUCUCCAAGACAUGGAGAAAAACUUCCUGGUACAGCAAGUGCCACCAGGUUUUUAUAGAAAUAUCCUGUACCACCUUGAUGAGAAGACAAGCACAUUUUCAAUCCUCCUGGAGGCUUGGGAGCACAGCAAGUCACUUGCAUCAAAUGAGACCCUUCAAGAAGCCCUGUCAGAGGUGUUGAACAGGAUUAAUUCAGCUCAGGUUUACUUCAAAGCAGGACUUGAUGUGUUCGAGAGUGUCUUGGUUGGAAAGAACUGAGAAAACUCUCAGCAUUUUAAAAAGUUUGUUUACAAUUCCUCAAGCAAAAGCUCUAAUCUAAGCAGAUUUUCUAACAUUUAAGACUUUUUAGCCCCAAUGGCUUUUUAUAGAAGUCUAAAGCUAUUAUUAUGCUGUAUUUUUUAAUGUAAAUAUCAAAAGAGCAUUUUGCACAUUUAAUAUUUUUCUUAUACCUACAUUUCUGAAUACAUAAAAACAAGUUAUUGAAAUAAUACUUAGGAUUUAUCUAUUAAAAAAGAAAUCUGCUGUAUUUUUAUAUAUAUAAAAUAUUUGGUGGGAAAGUUUCAAGAAGUACUGGACAAUCUCUACGCCUAUGGAUGAAACACACAGGAACAGAAGUUACUCCCUAUGUUAGAACUAUUAAUGACAUAGUUUCUGUAAUAGAAAUGGAGAGUUGGUAUGGUUUCAGAUUAACUUCACUAUUAAGUAUUUAAUAUGAAGAAUUCAAGUAUUCUGACGGAGUGACUGGUUAACCAAAACCACUUUGAAUGUUUCUAGUUUAUGAAAUGAAGUGCCUGUUCAUAACACAACUAGAUGUAGUAAUACACUGGUUAUGAAAUUGUAGUUCUUUAAAGUGUUAAUGAAAAAAAAAAGAGCCAUAAACAUUCCAGGGGAAAAAAACUCUCAAGGUAGCUGCACAGAGCAAUUUAAAUGUACAUUUUUUUCCUAACAACUUAUAAGGUGACUAGCUUUGAAACCCCUAAUUUGCCUCAGUUGAUUUUAUAAAAAAUUCAGGAAUGACAGAUGUCUUAUAAGGGAAAAAGUAUUUCCUAUUGCUUCUGUUGUUUCUGUUGGAAGCACUGAAACCUAGCUACUCUAAAAUGAAAGCAUAUCACAUCGCUCUUCCCCCUUGUACCUUUUCUGAAACUCCUUGCUGUAAGGCAGUUUUCACAGAAUACCAUAUAAUUUAGACAGGAAAGUAGGAACAGCUCCCUUUGAAAACCCAAGGCAUCAUAAAAAGCAUCAAAUUGCUAUUUCUGCCACUGACAGAGGAUUUGCUAAGAACGAAACAUUUGUUUCGAUCAAUGAAAAGCCUCUUCAUUCUAUGAAGAAACGUGAUAUUUUUUCCUUCUUUAUCCUGGUGAUCGAGAUGAAAACAUAGAAGUUAUUCACGCUUGUAAUUUUAUGCAGGAAAUACAAUGUUACUGUAAAAGUGUGUUUUUCCCAUGCUUCAAAUCUUCUCUCCUGUGGAGAAUGAAGUUUUUCGUGUUGCCAUUGUUACUGAGUGGCCCUAGCAUUCACCCUCCUCUGAAACCCUUGAAUUCUGUCUAGAUGAUAGUUUCAACUUUUAGCUUACCUUUAAAAAUGUUCUUCUGAUAUUGGAUAAAGCAGUUCCCCUUAGGGAAAAUAUCCUCACAAUAUUUUAUGUGUAUUUUCUCUGCCUAACACAACCUUCAACACUUAUGUGCCAUAGAAA